AUGCGCGCCGUGCGCGCCUUUGCCACCCUCGCUCUGGCCACCCCAUCGGCUGGACUCAAUGCCAUCCGCUUGCCGUCGCCCGCGACCGCUCCCGCCCUUGCGUCGCGGCAGUGCGCUCCGCAGGCCUCGUCGGCACGGCGGCUGAGCAUUCUGGAGCUGCCACGCGCCACCGUCGCCGAGCCGCUCGCGCUGCUGCUGCUCUCGCAGCUCGUGCUGUUUGUCGGCGUCGGCGCUGUCAUCCCGACCAUCGCUUUGUACGGCAAGGCCAUCGGCCUCUCUGCGGCGCUGAACGGCGUCGUCCUCUCGGCCCCAGCAGUCGCGCUGGCGCUGCUCGCUCGGCCCGCGGGCGGCUUCGCCGACCGCGCUCGCAAGCCGGCGAUGCUGCUCGGCAUGGCGGGCAUCGUCGUGUCCGACCUCGGCACAGCGGCGGCCGACGGCCUCGGCACGCUCGUGCUCGCCCGGCUCGGCCUCGGCGCCGGCCGCUGCCUCUCCGAGUGCGGCGAGCGAGGCUACCUCGCGGACCUCGCCUCGCGCGCGACGUGCGCGCUCGGCAUCGCCAUCGGAGCGCCGCUCGGAGGGGCCGCCGUCGAGAGCUUCGGGCCGAGGGCGGCGUUCCUCUGCGUCUCUGCUGCGGCGGCGGUCACCCUGCUGCUCUACUCCCUGCUGCCCGAGACGGUGGCGGCGGCGGAGGAGGGGCCGGGGAGGGAGAGGCGACUCGAUCCGGGCGAGGGCGGCGAGGCGUGGGCGACGCUGCUGCAGGACCCUCGCUGGCGGGGGCUGGCCGUGUGCGAGGCGGGCGCGAGGUUCGGCUUCGCGGCCAAGGUGGCCUCGGAGCUCGCGCCUCCCGGCUCCGAGGCGACGGCGCUGGCGCUGCCGCGCGCCGUGGGCGAUGCGGUGUACAUUGUCGCCCCCUUCCUCCUCGGCACGGUCGCCGACGCCAGCCCGGGCCUUGGCGUCGAGUGCGCCGUCGCGGGGGCAGCGAGCCUGGUCGGCGCGGCCGCCCUCGCGGCGUUUGCUGGGAGUAGUGCGGGAGACGACGACGGAUGA